UUACCUUAACGAUUGUCGCGGAGACGUCAUGAUCAUAGGACAACAAUUUUAAGGCCUGGCCAUUACCGAGGUCAAAAACAAGGACCAUCUUUUCCGCACGUUACGUGCAUUCAAGUCAACAUUGAAGCUCGGUGCGGUUGUCAAUAAUAUGGAGGAAGUGGCGGAUUUCUUCUACGAUCUACCAAAAGAUUAUGGAUUAGCGUUCGAUACCGUGCACUACAUCGUUUCACUCCAAGGCGAAAGAGCUGAUUUGGGGGAUGAUUUUGACUCUGUCACCAAACUGAACCCCUUGGCCUCGUGGGUUUCCUCCAUGAUGGUUUGCUUCGCCGGUGGAAUCUUGACCGCUCCACUAUGUGGGGAACCCAUGCUUUCAGCCUUGGUGGAUGAUCCUAUGAGACUGCUGAUCGCUACCGCCUUAUGGUAUAUGAUGUUUUACUUUCCGAAGGAUAUGAUCUACAAGGCAUCCAAACAAGCGAAAAUCCCACUUUAUGCCAUCAAGGGUCUAUAUUAUCCGAAGAAGAUAUUGAGCGGUAUAAAGCACGCCAAGCACAUUUUCAAGCAAAACCCUUUGGCGGCUGUCGUAAUUGCCACUGUCAAAGGCAAUGGAUCUGGUCUAAUCAAACCAUUCGCCCGUUUAGCCAGAGGAAAAUGGUCUCCAGACGUCUUUGAGUCCAUCAAACCCAGUCUCACUACAAAAUACUGCUUCCUUUGUGCCCUGAUUUAUGUUUAUUUUCCAUGGGAUUCUACCUACGUGUUGAUAGUGGGCAUUUUGAUCGCCAUGAAAGUCGGUCCUCUCUUUAAUGUGUCCAUGGAUCCGUUCACCAUCACCGAACACAAACUUGCUCCAUUUGUAUUUGGCGACAAAGGAAAGCAAGAGUAGAGACGCCCAAGUCCACUUCCGAAACAAAGGGAUAUGUGCUAAACUUCGACACGUGUUGUUCUCCUACCCGCUUUCCCAUUGAUCUUGAAUAAAAUCCCCGAAAGCGCUUUACCCGGUCCACACUCGACGAUGUUUGGUAAAAACUCGGGCUCUUCAUAUCGAAACAUGUUGUUCAUGGUCUGUUCCCAAGCCACCGGUCUCACCAUCUGUUUCGGAAGAUAUUUCAAGAUCAGGCCUCUUUUCGUAUAAACCAGAUUCUUAAUGUUCGAAUAAACUGGAAUUCUUGGAUCCA